CAUGAAACAUAAUCCAAAAAGAACAAGAGAAGCUUUUUCUGCUGAAGUGAAUCAGAGAGUAGCUACACUUGCACUGAGUGAAAAUUUGUAUUUGAACAACAAAUCAAAUGAUCAAUAUGAUUGGUUUUGGGCUGAUGGCUCUAAACUUGGGUCCAGAAGUUAUUGGAAAGAUAAAGCACCAACGUUAAAACCUAAUGAGAGAAACUCUACUUGUGUAGUUGUUGCUAGAGACGGACAAAGUAAAAAAAAUUGGAUGCAUAAAUCGUGUGAUGAAUCGUUUGGUAGUCUUUGUAUGCAUAAAUCCGGAACCUGCGCAGCUAAUUGGGAUAUUCAUCAUAACUAUUGUUAUAGAUUUUUCACUACAGAAAAUAUGAGAACUUCGUUCAACAAUGCAAAUAAGUAUUGCACUGAUAGAAAGAGUACAAUGUUACAUAUAAAGACGGAAAACGAUCAGAAUUUUGUUAAUAGACGUCUUGCUGGAUAUUUUAGUUCUGGGGCAAGAUAUUUAUGGUUAGGAAUUAAUGAUGCAGGUUCAAAUGAUCGAGAUCGAUGCAAAUUUAAAUGGACUGAUGGAACUUCUAUUACAAGCACUUAUAAAAAUUGGCUGUCAGAUACCCCUCUCUGCUUUCCCAAUACGAAAAUUAUCUCUUAUGGAUAUAUUUUCACGGGUGAUCGAGCUGGUAGAUGGAGAACGAGUGAAAAUCCGGCUCAAUUGAACGCAUUUGGUUGUAAGAUUAGAGUAGGUCAAGAACCUACUGAACCAACUCAACCUCCCGUUCAAUAUUCUUGCCCAAGUGGAUGGAAGUUGAAUGAUAAAAAGUGCUAUGCAUUCUUCGAUUUAAAAAUGAAUUUCUUAGAAGCCCGUGAUCAAUGUUUAAAAAAUGAUUCACAAUUAGUACAAGUGUAUUCUCCUGAUGAAAACGCCUUUGUCACUGGUCUUAGUAACAACGUUAUCUAUAUGGGGUUGGCCAGUCUUACUCCAAAAGGCAAUUACACCUGGAUAGGUGUGCCAAGUGGAAUACCUAGUUAUACGAAUUGGGCUCCAGGAGAACCUAGUCAUACACAUGGUAAUAUAGAAGAAGAUUGUGGAACAAUGAAAUUUUCACCUGAGACUGAUAAAGGAAAAUGGAAUGAUGUACCUUGUGAUUAUAAGUAUAGUUUCGUUUGUGAAAAGCCUGCGAGUGUGGUUGGUAAUCCUACUACUCCUCCAGUGACAGUUCCAACUCCGAGCUGGACAAAUAAAUGUGGUAUCAAUUGGUCUGAUCGCCUUAGAUCUCCCUAUUGUUAUAUGGUUAUAUCCACAACUAUUUCGUGGCUUUUCGCGAAAAGAACUUGUAAUCACUAUGGUGGGGAGUUAGCUUCCAUACACGAUGCUGCAGAAGAAGCGUACAUAAGAGAACUUGCUGUUCAAGGUUCACAGUCAGCUUAUUGGAUAGGGAUGAAUGACAGAUCUCAGAAAAAGUUUUGGAAAUGGUCAGAUGCUAGUCCCGUGAAUUUUAUAAACUGGGGCCCGUCUUUCCCUAAUCCUUCUGCAGGUAAACGAGAUUGCGGUGUGUAUGUGCCAGACAAAAGAGAAUGGCAAACUCGCGACUGCCGAGGAGGAAGAAACGGUAUUGUCUGUAAAAAGAGAGGAAAACUACCUGAUGGUCCUGCGACAUCUCCAGCAACUCCCCCUGUAACAAAACCGGGUAUGAAAUAUGGAUGUCUAGCUGGAUGGAAGGAAUGGUCUCAAGGAAAACACUGUUACAAAUUUAUUAACGAAACAAAGACUUUUGACGAAGCCCGUAGAGGAUGUCAAGAUUCCGCGAUAGGUGCCGAUUUAGUAUCAAUUCAAUCAACGGAAGAAAAUGACUAUAUCUUUGGAAAUUUAAAUCAAAUCGGAAGUUCUAACGGCGUUCCAAGAGCAUGGAUAGGAAUGAGAAACAUUUUUGGCUAUGGUCAUUUUGCCUGGUUAGAUUUAAGUGAAUUUAGCUUUUCAAACUGGGGUGAUAGUCAACCGGAAAGCUCUAAUACAAUUGGUUCGAAAUGUACUAGUAUGAAUCUACAAAAUAAUCGUUGGAGAACAAACGAUUGUACAAACAAUUUACAAGGUUUUGUUUGCAAAACGAAAAAAAUUUUGGUUCCUGCAGUUACGCCAACGAUAGCUAAUUGUCCAAUGGGCACUGACUUCGAAUACAGACACUCGUGUUAUAAACUAGUUAGGAAUCAAAUGAGCUUUGACAACUCAAGAAAUAAUUGUAAUAGUACAUUCGAUGGCGAUUUAGUCGAUAUGGCUGAUAAGCAAGAAUUGGCUAGAAUAGUUGGUGAACUGCCUAGACACGAAGUAGCUCAUUUCUGGAUUGCUUUUUCAAAUAGAGGUUCAAGUGGAGGAAAGGAGUGGAAAUGGGUUACAGGUAUGCCAAAUGCUGUAACUAAUUGGGACGAAGGGGAGCCCGAACAAAAGGAAGGUUUAUGUGCUGUCAUUGAGUCAGGAAGACAUAUGGGCUUAUGGAAGACUCGGAGAUGUGGAAUAGAAAUUUGGCAUAUAUGCAAGAGAACGAAAAUCGGUUGGACAACUCCACCAUUACCUACUACAACUGCCAUUCCUGUUUGUCAUGAGGGCUGGGAACCCCCAAGCUUUGUAACCGAUUCUAAUGCUUGCUACAAGAUAUUUCGAGAGAGUAAAACUUGGCAAAGCGCAAGAGAAUACUGUAGCAGUAUCGGAUCUAAAUUAGCCACAAUUCAUAGCGAUAAAGAAAAUAUGCACAUAGGACGUCUAACGCCCUUUGACCAGUAUUGGAUCGGUCUAUAUAACAAUUCCGGAAAGCAUACUUGGGUAGAUGAAUCUCAAGUUGAUUAUGAAAAUUGGGAGCCAAAUCAACCAGAUAGUCAUAACGGAAUGGAAAAUUGUGUUCAAAUAAAUACUCAAGGAACUGCUGGAGAUAAAUGGAGAUAUAAAAGUUGUUUCGUUAGUCAGCCAUUUGUUUGUAGAUUGGAGAAAGGACAAAAACCAAAAGAUCCUCCGACAUUACCCCCACCACCCACUGCGAUAUGCGGCAACGAUGAUAGUUGGAGAAAAAUAGGAGACUAUUGUUAUUACGUAUCUAAGGUUAAUGAAGAUAAGAAUUGGUUUAGAGCUAGAGAGUUUUGUAAGAGAAAUGGUGGAGAACUAACAAGUAUCCAUGAUGCUGAUGUUAAUAAUAAACUGACAUCUUGGUCUAGUAGCUUAACUCAUGUAAGGAAAACAUUCUGGAUUGGUUUGAAUGAACUUGAGAGAACUGGAUAUAAGUGGAGUGACGGAAGUCCUAGAGACUUUUUCAAUUGGGCCCCAGGAGAGCCUAAUGACCAUCAUUUUGGCCAGCUAUGUGUUAAUUUAUAUAGUUUUAGCAGUUUCUGGAACGACGAUAAUUGCGGUGACGUUCUACCCUAUAUAUGUAGAAGGUGGAAUGGAACAGGUACCCGACCAACAAUUCCUCCCGAUCCUCCAAUGCCUGGCUUUUGCCCAGAGGGAUUCUUUUCAAUAGAUAAUCGCUGUUAUAAAGCAUUCAAUGACUUAAAAACGUGGGAAGAUGCAGUCGUUGCCUGUAGAAAUUUAAGCUCAGAUUCAUUAGUUCCUUACGAUUUGGCGAGUGUAAUAAACAGUAGAGAGCAAAAAUUAAUUAAUGUUGUUGUUGGAGAUGCCGCUUACAGAUUUUACAAAGAUAAUCCUGGUACAUCAAAAACUAUUACAUAUUGGAUUGGACUUUCGAGUAGAGUUAGAGAUAGACCUCAAAAGUUCCAAUGGGUCGAUAACGCACCUUUUGACUAUAGCAACUGGGCUGAUGGUGAACCAAAUGGUCAACCUUAUGAAGUUCAAUGUACUGAGGCAUAUUCAAAUAAUGACCGUAACUAUGGAAAAUGGAAUGAUCAUGACUGCAAUUCGGACAUUGGAUAUAUAUGCCAAUAUAGAAAAAAUGCUCAAAACGAGAUUACCUCUGCUCCUCCACCUCCUCCCAGAUGUGAUAAUGGAUGGGAUGCAUACAAUCAUAAUUGCUAUAAAUUCUAUUCCAAUAAAUCAACGUGGGAGGAAGCAAACAAUAAAUGUAAAGAAGGGAGAGGAACAUUGGCUUCAAUACAUGGACUGGCUGAGAAUUCUUACUUAGAGCUAUAUAACGAAAUGAAUUCUAAUGUUGAUGAACUUUGGAUUGGUUUAAAAGCUAUAGAUUCGAAUGCAUCCUCCAUAACUUACGAAUGGAUAGAUAAGUGGCCAGUUACCUAUACUAAUUGGGGGACACAGCAAUCAUGUGGAGCAGAAUGCGGUUGUGUUUCAAUGUCUAAAAAUGGCACAUGGUCGGAUAUAAAAUGUUCCACGAAACAGGCAUUUUUGUGUAGGCAGACUAAUGAACAACCUCCAACGACUCCUCCCCCUCCUCCUCCUUCUCCUUGUAUAAACGACGAUUGGAAAUAUUUUAAUGGAUAUUGCUACAAACUAGGCGAUAUGGGAAGUUGGGCUGAUGGUAGAAUGUCCUGCGAAAUGGCUGGAGCUACUUUAGCAUCUAUUCAUGGCGAAGAUGAAAACAAGUUCAUAUAUGAGUUAGGAAAGGGAAAAAUAGGAGAUAUUUGGAUUGGAGCAGUCAAAAUUGGUGGUAUUAAUGGAACAUUUAAAUGGAUAGAUGAUACGGCAUUUGGUAAUUAUAAAAACUGGGCCAAAGAUGAACCCAAUGAUGAUGAUGGUAGGUCAAUUUGUGUGGAAAUGUAUACGGGAACUUACGAAACAGGCAAAUGGAACGACCACUUGUGUGAUAAGAGAUGCAAUCAUAUUUGUAAAAUGCCAGUUCCUAAUAAUGCUUCAACGGCAACACCCUCUACAACUGUACCACCAGUUCCAACUCGGAUGACAAAAACUACACAGGUCAAACCAACUGAUCCCGGAAAACCGCCAGUUCGUUCAACAAUAUCGCUAAGACCUUCACACUUUACGGAUCCAAUUAGAAGGACUAGAGGUCCUGGAGAAAAACAAACUUCAGGUCUAUCUGGAGGAGCUAAAGGAGGAAUAGCCUUCGCUGUAGUAUGCUUACUCUUAGCAGUAAUUUGUAUUGGUCUUUUCGUCGCCAGAAGAAAAAAUAAAAUUCCUCAAAGUAUUUUAACAGUUGCUGAAGGAAGAGGCUCUGGUAUUACUAAUCCAGGCUAUGGACAGUUAAAUUAA